UGCUCUUAGGUUUCACCGCAUCCCUGUGAGCUGAAGAGACGACGCUUCUUCAAAUUUGUUUCAGCUCUGAGACAAAUUUCAUAGCAGAUUUUUUUUCCCUGAAGGGCACGAGAGUUUAUAUCAAGCCUAAUUAUGAGUACCCAGUACGAGUCGAACCUGCACACCAUCUCCCCUGAGAUGCCGGCCAUGUUUGACGGCAUGAAGCUAGCGGCCGUCGCCACGGUUCUCUACAUCAUCGUCCGCUGCUUGAAUCUUAAGAGUCCCACUGCACCACCGGACCUCACCUACCAGGACACGGCCCUUAACCGCUUCCUGCUCAAGUCCUGCUCUCAGAUGACCAAAGAGUACGUUCCGCCAUUACUGUGGGGUAAGAGCGGCCACCUCCAAACAGCGCUGUAUGGUAAACUGGGUCGGGUAAGCUCGCCUCACCCCUGUGGAAUCAGGAAGUAUUUACCCAUGCAUGAUGGAGCCACCGCAACCUUUGACCUCUUUGAGCCACUGGGGGACCAUCAAACAGGAGAUGAGAUCACCAUGGUGAUAUGUCCUGGUAUCGGUAACCAUAGCGAGAAGCAUUACAUCCGGACCUUUGUAGAUUAUGCCCAGAAGGAGGGCUACAGGUGCGCUGUGCUGAACCAUCUGGGCGCUCUUCCCAACAUCGAGCUUACCUCUCCACGCAUGUUUACUUAUGGGUGCACUUGGGAGUUUGCAUCAAUGGUUGGCUACAUUAAGAGGACCUACCCUAAAACCCAGCUGAUUGUCGUGGGCUUCAGUCUGGGUGGAAACAUCGUUUGCAAAUUCCUGGGCGAGAGCAGAGCCAACCAGGAGCGAGUGCUGUGCUGCGUGAGCGUCUGCCAGGGUUACAGUGCUCUCAGGGCUCAGGAAACAUUCCUACAGUGGGAUCAGUUCAGACGCUUCUAUAAUUUCCUAAUGGCAGAUAACAUGAAGAAGAUCAUCCUCUCACACAGGCACAGUCUUUUUGGGGAAAGCUCACCAAAAAAAUUUGAUGCAGAUCUCAGCCGGCUGUACACAGCAACGUCCCUCAUGCAGAUCGACGACAACAUCAUGAGAAAAUUUCAUGGCUACAGCUCUCUCAAAGAGUACUAUGAGAAGGAGAGCUGUGUACAUUAUAUCCACAAUGUGGAUGUGCCACUGCUCCUGGUAAACUCUGCAGACGACCCUCUGGUUCAUGACUCAUUGCUUGCUAUCCCUCGCACGUUAGCAGCAAAGAAACCUAAUGUGAUCUUCGCCCUGACGCUUCACGGAGGCCACCUGGGCUUCUUCGAAGGGGAUGUCCUCUUCCCUCAGCCCCUCACCUGGAUGGACAAAGUAAUUGUGGGUUACGCCAACGCCAUGUGCCAGUGGGAGAAACAGAAACCGCCCUGCCAAAGUGCCCACCUCACCGGGAGCUCCUGCUUCGAGGCGAAAGCCUAAACCUCCGUAUCUUCCCUCUUUCCUUCUCCUCAUUUUUACAUCUCACACUUUCCAGCACCGCUGUUCCAACAUGGCGUCGAGGAGACACUUUAAACUGCUCUUGUUCUCUGCCUUCUCCUCUGGUGCUAAUCACCACUUC